AUGAAAAAACACUUAAAACUAUUUAAAAUUUACAUUAUAAUAAAAAAUAUUGCAAAAUGUUUAAUUCAAUAUAAUAAGUUUAACUUUUCCUAAUAGAAUGAAAAUUAAAACAACAAUAAUUAAGAGAAAAACGAGGAAUAAACUCAUCCAGAUUUUUAACCAAAAAUAAAAAUACAAGAAGAUGCAUCCGAAAAUUAAGUAACUGAAAUGAUUGACAAAUAGGUCAAAGGGAAUAAAGUUUGUAUUUUUAUGAAAGGUACUCCUUAAAUGCCAAUGUGUGGAUAUUCAAAUUUUGUUAUUUAAAUUUUGAAAUUUUAUAAAAUAAAAGAUUAUUAAGCUGUUGAUAUUUUAAAAAAUGAAGCUGUAAGAAAACAAGUUAAAUUAUAUUCAAAUUGGCCGACUUUUCCUUAACUUUUUAUCGACGGUAAAUUAAUCGGUGGAUCUGAUAUUGUUAGUGAAAUGCACAAAGAUGGAUCUCUAAAAGAUUUACUUUAAAAGUCAGGACUUAUUUAGAAUGAAUGA